UAUUGAAUAAUAUAUUCCAAUUUGGCAUCGGUUGAAUAUGAGGUUCUCAGAUUGGGAUGGAUUGAAAAAUCAUGUUAAAAUUGAAAAGAAAAAAAAAAGCGCACAAGAUUACAGCUCAACCCACAAUCUGAAAGACGGAACUCUGAAGCCAAAGCGGAGCAAGAUUGAGAGAGGAAAGGAAGGACGCAUGAUGGAGGCAGAACUAGCAGAGGUGGAGCGACUGCAAACACUAAUCCUCCAACGAAUAUCGAAGCUCGAGCUUUCUUUCCUUCCUCAAAACAAUCUCUCUGCUUCCGCAUCUGUCUACUCCCCCGACGCAAACUGUUGCAGGACAGCCGCCGGCGACGACACUGAAGCUUGCCUCACCGCAAUUCUCCGAUCCAGUGGUGUCCAUGACUUCUCCUUUAAAAGGGUUCCCUCAGAUUACUACGACUGGUCUCUUGAAGCCCGACGGGACAUUCUGGGUGCCGCCUCCGUUGAUCACCUCUGCAAAAGCAUCGUCCUGGUUAAUACACAGGCUCCAUCGGAUAUCAUUGAUUGCAGUGAUUUCAAGAAUUCAAAGUAUUACAUUGUUGUUGUUCAGUACACUGCUCGGUUCAAUGCUGAAACUGUUAAAAACUACCUGUAUACGCUCAACGAUGGCAAGAUAGCAAAAAAGAAAUUCAACUUGAGGCUUGCUCCUGAGGAGACAUCUGCAAAGUUGACUGGAUAUGAGCACAAUGCAGUGACAUGUAUUGGCAUGAAAACUGAGAUACCUGUUAUUUUGGAUGAAGCGAUUGUAAGGCUGAAUCCUGAUUUCUUCUGGCUGGGUGGUGGGGAGGUAGAUCUGAAGCUUGGGAUAAAUACCUCAGAAUUUAUCAAUUUUGUUAAACCUUUCAUUGUUGGAUGUAGUAGCGCAUGAUUAACCCAAAUGAAACCUUUUUUGGACUACAUGAAAAGGACAAGGCUGUUAGACCAAUAGUUGAGGAAUUAGCAUUUUCAUCAAGAUAUGUUGUGGAAAACUCGGGCUUUUCAGGAUAGAAAUCUUUGGAGAAGAAAUUUUUUAUUUGCAUAAUUUUCUUUUGUUGGUAUUUUCCAAGGCACUGAAUUUAAAUUGGAAGAUCUGUAUUGGAUAUUUAUACACAUUCAUUAUUGCGAUUAUCAGAUGAUAUGGCAUUGGCAGGAAUACAAUCUACUGAUUUUUUUGGGCAGUA